AUGCUACUGGUUGUUGUCUUCUCUCAUCUUCUUCUCCAUAUUGCUGUGCUCAUGGAGCAUUGCGUUAAGUCCAUCACCAACUGCUUACCAAAUUCCAAACGACAAGCAGAGAAGUCAGAUGAGCUAACACUCAACACCUUCUCUACCAUUGAACAUACGAUUGUAGGAGGCGAAUUGUGUGAGAAGCGAACUCGCAAGAAGAGAAUAAAAGCCAAAACUAAUGAAAUUGAUCCCAAGUGGGUAUCGAACGAGCCACAAGCUGCUGUAGAUGAUCAUGGAAGUUUAUUCAGCAAUUUGAAUUUAUGA